UCGUAAUACAACAGGUGUCGGUUGAAGAUAACAGUGUGAAGCUGGAGGAACACCGCAGGUCAGGCAGCAUCAAAGGAGCAGGAAAACUGACAUUUCGGACCGGGACUCUUCUUCAGAAACUCAGUUAAAGGUGUACACAGGAUAAUUAUUAGGCGGAGACAGGAAAAGGUGAAAAGAUUAGCUUUUGAAAUUCUUGAGAUAUUCCUUCUACAAUGGUCAGGUGUCACGGGAAGUGGGUUUUAACCAUUGGAUCUGCACUGGUGGGACUUUUAUUUCUGCUUACUGGGAAUUUUCAAUCCUGUGAGGAUGCUGAGAUGCGGGGAAUUUGGGAAAAUUCCAUCGAUGUGGGUAACAGACGGUGCUUGCAUAAUUUUUACAAAACUCUAAAUCUGUCUGCUCGACAGCCGAUUUGUUCGCGAGUUAUUGCAGGAGAUCAGACUGCAGUUAACAAAGCUCUUUUAAACGCUUUUGAUGUUACACGUCGUAAAACGCCUUUGACUGAAAAACAUUAUUGGAAUAUGACACGGGACUGUGCUGCAUUUAAAAAGGAGCGCAAGUACCUAAACUUCGCACUGAGCCCGGAAGAGAAGAAAUUUCCCAUCGCUUACUCCAUUGUAAUUCAUCAGAACGUAGAAAUGUUUGAAAGAUUGCUGCGCACCAUUUAUACUCCGCAAAACGUGUACUGUAUCCACGUGGAUCGGAAAGCUGCAGACAGUUUUCAUCUCGCUGUGAGAGCUAUUGCCUCUUGUUUCUCCAAUGUGUUCGUUGCCAGCAAGUUGGAGAAUGUGAUCUACGCGUCUUGGUCGCGGGUGCAAGCUGACCUGAACUGUAUGGAAGAGUUGCUCCAAAACCCGGUCCGCUGGAGAUAUUUCAUUAAUCUUUGCGGAAUGGACUUCCCGCUUAAAACAAAUGCAGACAUAGUCAGAAACCUCAUUGUCCUAAAUGGGAAAAACAGCAUGGAAUCCGAAGAGCCCUCAGCAUUCAAAAGGGAGCGGUGGCUUUUUCAUCAUGAAGUUAAAAAUCAAAUAAGCAGAACUCAGGAGAAGAAGACCUCACCUCCAAUAAGUACUCCGAUGUUCACUGGGAAUGCAUACUUUGUGGCUUCAAGGGCAUUUGUGAACCAUUUAUUUCAGAGUCCUGAAAUCCAGAAAUUUAUGAAAUGGGCAGAAGAUACAUAUAGUCCUGAUGAGCAUGUUUGGGCUACUCUGCAGAGAAUUCCAACAGUCCCAGGCUCCAACCCCCACAAUAGCAAGUACCACAUGUCAGAUAUGGCAGCUAUUGCCCGCAUGGUGAAGUGGUCCUACAUGGAAGGGGAUAUAACCAAAGGUGCCCCUUAUCCCAAGUGCACAGGAACACACCGUCGGGCAGUGUGCAUCUUCGGUUCUGGUGACCUUCACUGGCUUCUGCAACAACAUCACCUCUUUGCCAACAAAUUUGAUCCUGAAGUAGAUAACACAGCUCUUGAGUGCUUGGAGGAACAUUUGAGAUAUAAAGCAAUUUACAGAACUGUUUGAUGUAAAACUGCAUUUUAUUUCAUCCUAAUUUUCAAUUUUUGCUUCAUAAUGUCACAUGAUGCCAUUUAAUGUCCUGCGAUAACCAGAUGAGGUAGUUCAAAGCUCCUUGAUGAAUUCUAUCAUUACUUGACAAAAGAUAAGCUUUGAAAUGUUUUAUCCAUUCAGAAACACUGUUCACUUUGCCUCUGCCCCUCUACAUUGUGGUAUCCUGCAUUCUCUUUCACUGUACUCAGAGUACAUUCUAAAUGCUGAUCACUCUCUGUAUUAAUUUAACCUUUCAGUCAAUGAACUUGUCUUUAUUCAGUUUUCAAAGAUAUCCCACAUAUCAGUUUUCCACCGUGAGGACGAUGGGAGAUUUUGAUCAUGAGAAUGGAAAAGUAUGUUCAAGUUAUUUCCUGAAUAUUAUGUUUUAAUGAAAAUAGGAACAUGAGUUCUCCAUUCAGAUCCUGAAGCCUUUUCCAUUGCUUCAUCAUAGUUAAUCAGGAUCUUCUUUCAUCGAAAUGCUCCUUCAUCUUGAUUGAUCAACCAAUAAAAAUCAAAUAAUCUCAGUCUUGAAAACUUAAAUUGUUGUUUCUUAUCUCAGCUUUGUGAAUGACACAACAUGUUUUCUGCUUGCACUCCUGAGGAGCCUAUCUUCAAAUCUGCAAUAAUUCUGCCUACUUUUGGAUUCCUGUCUAAGAGGAAAUAGCAUUUCUGUAUCUAAUCCUCAAAACUUUCAUAAAAGUUCAAUUAACACCUCAGUUGUUAGUACUCAAGUCCAACAGACCACUUAUUUGAAAAUGUCUACACUGCUCAAACUCCCAUCUAUUUCUUUAUUUACCAAAUUUAUACACUUGUUUCCAAUAACUUCCUCCUUGAAUUCCUUGGACAUGACUUCUACACCUGCUAUGGCACUAAAAUAGCCCUUAUCAAAGUUAUAAAACUUCUAUAAAUGAUGAUUGUAGGUUGUUUUCUAGCCUUGUCUCUUUUCUCAACCAAGCUUUUUUCUUUAACAUGAUUCAACACACUUUUAUUUUACAGCUGUGUAGCAGUGAUUUUGUUUUCACUCUCAUCUAUUUGAUUGCAACCGUAUUGUAUCUCAGGGCAUGCUCCAUGAACAGCAACCACCUGUAUCAUUUGCUCAAGAAGGUUCACAUUAAUGUUAAAGACCAGACCAGAGAUCCCCCAAAGUAUGUUACAGAAAUGGCCUAAGCCCUACGUUUUGUACUUUUUAAAAAAUCAAAUGAAAAGUGCUGUUUUCUAGAUAUGAUUUGAUUUGGCCUGUAACUAAGUAUGAGUCAAAAUACACUUUAUCCUUACAACACAGUUGAAACACAACAAAAAGAAGAAUUGGCAUAACUCUCUUGAAAUACUUAACAAGAUAAUGUCUAAAUUGGGGCGGCACGGUGGCUCAGUGGUUAGCAUUGCAGCCUCACAGCACCACGGUCCCAGGUUCGAUUCCAGCCUCGUGUAACUGUGCAGAGUUUGCACAUUCUUCCCGUGUCUGCAUGGGUUUCCUCCAGCUGCUCCGGUUUCCUCCCACAGUCCAAAGGUGUGCAGGCUAGGUGGACUGGCCAUGCUAAAUUGCCUGUAGUGGUCAGGGGUGUGUGGGUUACAGGCGGUUGGUUCUGGGUGGGAUCCUCCAAGGGGCGGUGUGGACUUGUUGGGUAGAAGGGCCUGUUUCCGCCCUGUAGGGAAUCUAAUCUAAUCUAACUAACCAUUAAUUGUUCCAAUAAAGGCAGCAUCCCAAAAAUACAUGCUUUGGCAAAGCAGUUCUGCAAAUAGUUACAAUUCUCAUGAACUGUCUCUCUCCAGUUCAGAAGAAUGAAAUAAAGACAGAAACAACAGUGUAUUUUGUUUUUUAAGGGGAAGCCUCUUUGUCUAAGACUUCAUUGUAGCAGCAGUGAACUCAAGCUUUUAGCUCGGGAAGCCAGCAGAAACCUUUUUACUAACGAAAUGCAAAACUUUAAGCCCUCUUGGGUCUGAUUCUUUUGUCUUCUUUACAAAGAAAAGGCACCCAGGUAGAUUUCAAGACUGCUUACCAAGUGCCUGUCUGAAGGAGACAUUUCAACACCAAUGUGACAAUACCCCUCUGCAAGAGAAACAGCAGAGAACACCUCUGUUAACGCACAGUAUCAUCAUACCUUGGCACUAAAAAAAAGACUUCAUUUUCAAGGCCUUCAGUUUCUCACUGUUAAUGUUCAGUAUGACAGAUACAUUGUAUUAACUCUCACCAAGCAAACAUUGAAUAAUGUCGUUAUUUCAGUCCAUUUCCUCUUACAUCAAACAGUUCUGUCUUCCUUCACCAAAG